UAUGAGAGAGUAAAUAUUAUUAUCUAAUAGAGUUUAUAGUCAGAAUUAAGAGCCCUUUAUAUUAAAUUAGGAAUAUUUUAUGUAUUUUUAAUUUUUGAUUUGAUUUGGUCAUCCUUUAUUGAACCAUCUACAAUGAAUUAAAUUUCAUAAGAUACAAAAUAAGGAGAAACACAAAUAUUAUGGAUGAGUGCCCUUCAUAUCAUAAUAACAGGCAUUAUUUUUGUAUUGUUUUGUACUUUGAUGUGGCAAACAUAACCUCUUAAAUUGGGUAUGGUCAAACUUCUAGUUAAGUAUGAUAAAUUUAAAAUUAAGGGAUUUUUUAUAUGUCUUUUUAGUUAGUGGAUUAAUGCUUAUCUUAGUUGUGAUUGAGAGAGUAGCCAUAUUUAUAACUAAUACUACAACAAAUUCUGUGAUUGUAGAUGUUAUCAAAGAAAAUUGGUCAAGUUUUUUUUAUCAAUUAUUUUUUUAUAUAAGAUUUUUAAUAAGACCAAUUUAUUUAUUUGUGAUGUUACAUGGAUCAUUGAAAAUUGCUAAACCCUAUUAUCAUAUGAGAAACCCUGAACUUUUCCUCAAUUGA